AUGGCAACCACCACUUCACACAUUGUGUUCGACGACAUUUUCACCGUCAACGCCAUCGACAAGGAGGGCAAGAAAUUCGACCGCGUCUCCCGCCUCUACGCGCACUCGAAGAACUACGACAUGGACCUGACUCUGGACUACAACACUGAGCUGUUUCCAUUGAAGAACGAACAGAGUUUCGCGCUCGCCCUGUCCAGCUCGCUUUCGCGAGGGGGCGCGCCGGGCGGAGAUGACGAGGCGGAAGAGAAGAACGUGUGGAGACCGGACGGGAAGGGCCAGCGAGGGCUCGAGGAGGACUACGACUAUGUCAUGUACGGCAAGGUCUACAAAUUCGAUUCGGGCACUUCAGAGAUAUCAACCGCGUAUGCUUCGUUCGGUGGACUGCUCAUGGCCCUCACGGGGUCCUUCAGGCAUAUGGCUAGCAUAGUCCUCGGAGAACCCAUAUACAUCCUCCUUCGCAAGUAA